AUGGAAAGCGAGGUGGCGGGACCGAGUAAAUUGAAUCGUUUCAUCCAGACGCUCUUAACUAGACACGUUUGGGAUGCUGCCAGAUGGCAAGCAUCUGAUGCGUCGUCUAAGACUGGCAUGGAAGCCUGUUUUGCCUGCAACCUUGGGGAGCUGGGCACAGCAGAAAAUGGUUGCAGGGCUGGCUCCAACGCUCGAUCGGCUCGCCCCAGUGCAAAAAACAUCUUCACGCCAAACUGA